CGACUGACUGAGUAACACUUGGCGCGCAGCAGUUUCCUUUACCUGCGGCUUCUGAGACGUGUGCCACACCGCCAACACUCACACAAGAGCUCGAGCAAGAUGCGUGGGACGGCAGCGCGAUUGGCCUUUCAGGUCCUGGGCGGGAAUGGCUUGCGCCAGCCCAACGUGGCCAUUGCCGGUGUAACGGGUGCCGUGGGCCAGGAGUUUCUCGCCUGCAUGGAAAAGCGCAACUUUCCGUUCAACAAGCUGAAGCUGCUGGCGUCUGAGCGCUCCGCGGGCAAGAAGAUCACCUACAAAGGCCAGACGUAUGUCGUGGAGGCUUUGACGGAGAACAGCUUUGAGGACGUUGACAUUGCCCUCUUCAGUGCCGGAGGCUCGCAAAGCCGUCAGUAUGCCCCUGCCGCCGUCAAGGCGGGAACCAUCGUCAUUGAUAACUCGUCCGCCUUCCGCAUGGACCCCAAGGUGCCCCUGGUCAUUCCCGAAGUCAACCCUCAGGCCGCCUACCGCCACAACGGCAUCAUUGCGAAUCCCAACUGCUCCACCAUCAUCAUGGCCGUGGCCGUCUAUCCCAUUCACCAGGCCGCCGGUGUCCGCCGUGCCUCCGUCGCCACCUACCAAGCCGCCUCCGGUGCUGGUGCCGCCGCCAUGGCCGAGCUUGAGCAGCAGGCCCGCGACUGGGUUGAGGGCCAGCCUCUGACCCAGGACAUUUUUGGCCGUCAGUACAUUUGGAAUCUUUUCUCCCACAACAGCAAAAUCGAUCCCAGCACGGGCUACAACGAGGAGGAAGUCAAGAUGAUGCGUGAAACCACCAAGAUCUUUGAUGAUGAUUCCAUCCGCGUCACUGCCACUUGCAUUCGCGUGCCCGUUCUGCGUGCUCAUUGCGAAGCCAUCAACCUCACCCUCAACGAGCCUCUGUCCGAAGAUCAAGCUCGGGCCAUCCUGGCCAAGGCCCCAGGCAUUACCAUCCAUGACAAUCGCGCUGACAACAGCUUUCCCGAGCCUCUUAUGGCUUCUGGCAUCGAUGACGUGCUUGUGGGCCGCAUUCGGGCCGAUUUGAGCCAAGAGAAUGGUCUCGAGAUGUUUGUGGCUGGCGACCAGCUUCUCAAAGGUGCCGCACUCAACGCCGUUCAAAUUGCCGAGUUGCUCAUUGAGCAGUAAAUGCCUGAUGUGUUUAUGUCUCCGAGUAUCCGUGUGUGUGUGUGUGUGUGUGUGUGUGUGUGCUCGGCGCUUUGCCAUGGGCUGCCAGCGAGCUUGUUUGUCGAUACCCGACCCAAACUCCGAUGAAUUCAUGCAAAUAGUCC